AUGAUCCCGCAUCUAAGUCAAGAUGGCCGAGUUGGUCUAAGGCGCCAGUUUCAGGACGGCAUGGAGGCUGCAGCGGCGGAGCUGGAGACCCUCCAAUUUCAAAUCCUUCGUCGGAUUUCGGAUCUCGGAUCCAAAUCGCUGAUACGAAGAAGCCAUGGGUGGCCACGACUCUCCGCCAUCCUGCGCUCCAACGGCGUCAACCACUUCUUCUUCAAGAGAGUUGCUUCUGAUUACUAUGACUGGCCCCUUGAAUCACGCCGUCACGCUCUCGGUGCCGCCUCUGUCGACCAUCUCUGCAAGAGCAUCGUUCUGGUUAAUACCCAGGCUCCAUCAAAUAUUGUAGAUUGCAGUGAUCGUAACAACUCAAAGUAUUACGUCGUCGUGGUUCAGUAUACUGCCAGGUUCAAUGCUGAAGCGGUGAAAAACUUUUUGUAUUCGCUGAAUGAGGGCAGGAUCCCGAAGAAAAGAUUUAAUCUGAGACUUGCUCCUGAGGAAACAUCGGUCAACUUGACUGGGUAUGAGCACAAUGCAGUGACCUGUAUAGGCAUGAAGACAGAUAUCCCGGUGAUAUUGGACGAGGCCAUAGUGAGACUGAGACCGGACUAUUUCUGGUUGGGCGGUGGGGAGGUGGAUCUGAAGCUUGGUGUCAGGACAUCUGAAUUCCUUGACUUUGUGAAACCGUUCAUUGUUCGUUGCAGCUGAAACUGGAAAUUCGUUUUGACUUAUGGAUCCACAUAUUGAUUAUUUCCAAGCAUCCACAUUUUA